UAAGGCUACAGAGCACCUGGAUUCCUCAAGAUCAGCAAAGGCAGGCAUGCCUCGGGACGCCUGAUUGUUGCCUUCCCCCAAAAACUUGUUUUUCCUCUCCCGAUUUGGCUUUCGCAACUCGGCCAGGUGGGAGAAGGGGGCACAUGCAAACAGGAUGAGCGGCAGUGGGCUUGUCGCCAGCUCCCUGGUCUCUGAGGAAAGUGUGGCUUUUACGCCCUUGAAGCCCGUCGCGAUGGCGAGGGAAUGCACUGACGACAUGGCCGUCUUCGAGGACAUCAAACCGCCCGUACGAAUCCUGGAGAAUCAACAGGAUUUGUCCCAGGCACGGACCGAGAUGGACAAGUACCUCUCUGGCCAGAUGCCCCCCGCCCCGACGGCGACGGACAAGAAGUAUCGGCGGGAAAGCGCCUCCGUGGUGGACGAGUAUUUCUCCACUGAAAAGCCUCCGUCGGCCCCGUACAGCGUCAACAUCAACGUGAUCCUUCCGGACACCACGCACUUGCGCACGGGAAUCUACCGGCCGGCUAAGCCCUCGGUGCCCUUCCCCCAGAUCAAAAUGGAGCCCUGCUUUGCCCAGCCCUGCCCUGUCAGCAGUGGGCCGAUCCAGACCCUGCCGGACUUCACCAGCGUCUUCAGCGUGCCGCACUCUGUGGCCGCCAGUAGCAUCUUUGUCAAACAAGAGCUACCCUGCCCUGAAGCUCCCCAUUCGAUCAGCCCGCAGCCAAGCCUGCUCUACCAGCUCUCAGGGGAGAUGAGCCCUGCGGCCUCCUCAACCUGUGGCGCCACGGCCUCCGGCAGCCUCCACGGGAUGGCCACGUCUACUGGCAGCUCCAUGCUGGACUCCAGGACUCUUGCCCGGCCCCUGCGGCCAGCAGGGCUGCUCAGGUCCUUCCCGUCGGGCUCCCAAGACCUCAGUGGUUUCAGUGUACCGGAGGAGUUCUACCCCGUCCCAGCAGUGAGCCUGCCCCCUUCGCCCCCGAACUCCCAGCCCAGCAGCCCCGAGAACCGGCCUGAGCCAAUCAAUACCAUUUCGCCUCCACCCCCCUACGAGGCCACGUUUGGACUCAAACUGGAGCCCCCGGGACACCUGGCCUCUGGGCCCAGCCCCAUCAAGGGCAUCACGCAGGGACACCUCAUCCUGCCGACCCCCAAGUUCAACCGGAGGAACAAUCCAGAACUGGAGAAGAGGAGGAUCCACCACUGUGACUAUCUUGGCUGCACCAAGGUUUACACCAAAAGCUCCCACCUGAAAGCUCACCAGAGGACUCACACAGGCGAGAAACCCUACCGGUGCACCUGGGAAGGCUGCGACUGGCGUUUUGCUCGCUCGGAUGAACUCACCCGACACUACCGCAAGCACACCGGAGCCAAGCCCUUCAAGUGCCUGGCCUGCGGCCGGUGCUUCUCCCGCUCGGACCACCUGGCUCUGCACAUGAAGAGGCACCAGAACUAGGGCCAAGGCACAGCAGCCUCUCUCCGGCAGAGCCCUCUCCCUGUGCCCACCCUUCCCUGCACAGACUGCGAUCAAAAGCCAGGUGCCCGGCCACCACUUCUGCCCUGCGGUGCCCAGGGAGGCAGGUUGAGCUGGCAACAGAAAAAGGCCUCCUCCACACUUGGGGGAAUCUCCAGGAAACACCUAUUAUUUAUUUCUGCAUGAAACCAGCAUGUCGACUCCUGGCCAAUAGCUCUGUUGAAAUCAGGCAAAGGGUGUAGAAUGGGAGGAGGGCGUUGGCUGUUGGGCCGCUGUCCAAAAUUAACUUCUCGGCUCUUGGAAGUCAACGUGGGAUGUCCCAGGCCUUGGCUUGCUUGAAGGAUCAACUUAAACUCUGGCUUAAAUCGCUACGUUUCUGCAGCUGAGGGGGCCGGAUGGGAGAAGGGGAAGCCCUAACAUUUUGCACCCAAAGCUUCCUUAUCGAGAGACAGACUUGGUGGGAGUGAAGCUGGCUCUCUCGCCGAAAGCUCUUCGGCAUCCAUCCACAACCUUCUGGCCUGCUGUGGGGUGGAAGGUUCAAGAGCCACUUCAGGGAAAGUGGUUUUCUUGUGUGGGCCUCGUCCUCACCACCUGCACUGAGCAUCUUCCCUCUGGGCCCAGGGAAGGAAAGCAACUCCAAUCACAGCUUCUCCUUGUUUUCCCCCUCUUCCCUUGUGCCGCACCAAAUGGACAGCAUGGACGUUUCAGGCAGUGGUGGGUUACGGCCAGUACACCCCAGUACGGGCAUAUUGGUGCCUGCUGGGAGCACCAGGUCCUGUUCCGGUACGAUGUUUCGGAGGGCUCACCCACCCGCCCUCCAUCCCUCCCUGUAUUUGACCCAACCGGGCCAUUUGUACAUGCACAAGCUGCGUACGGCACCUGUGUGAUGCUCCGCCGAGCAGCUGGAGCGUUGCAGGGCGGUGGUGCGCAGUCCGUGUGCAUAUGGCGGACGCCCGGCCCCAUUGCAGCGUACCAGUUGCGACGGGAUUUGGAAUCCACCACUGGUUUCAGGCAGCAGUGGGAACCCUUCCCAGGCAGUCUCCCUUCCCGGAGUGAAGGGGGCCUUCCCCUACCUCGCGUGCCCAGCAAGGCCAGCAGGAAGAAAGCAGAGAACAAAUCCUCCCAGGGAUCUCUAAGGGAGCCCCCCCCUCCCCAAUCUCCCGCUGUGUCCCAGGAUCCACCCACUCUCAAGGCCUUCGCUUGGGGAAGCUGUGUGCCUGGACUCUCGAUAGAGAAAGCAGAGUCAGCCAUCCUUGAGACUCCCACCUGAUCCGCCUUUCAUCCUGCUGAGAAGGCAGCCAGCAGGGGCAUUAAAGGCCGGCCUGAUUCCAAAGUGGGCACCUCCCUCUCGGCCUCGAUUUUGCCCAUUGGGGCGCUUGGGCUUCCACGGUCCCAUCCAUAUACCCCCAUCAGCCUUGGGGAACUCCAGCCCGGAGCCUCAUGCCAACUCUGGCUCAGCCAAGAGCUUUUCUUGGCUCUGCUGGAAGGGCGGCAAGAGGCCAUAUGUGGCAUCUGGCACACGACUGGGGAGCUUAGUGCCAAAUCUUCUUAGGCAAGAGACCCCCUGAAGCAGGGCAGCCACCGUCUUGGGGCUCCUCAGUGCUGCUUGCACAUUUGAGUGUUAUCUGGAGUCACAGCCUGGGAAGCUCUCCCCAGAUUCACUGCCUGGCGCCCCCCCCUCCCCUCCCCGUACCUCCUGCAAGUGGCACAGCUGCUUCUCCGGUGGCAUCAAGGCCCCCUCCCCAAGCAGAAUGCAGCUGAAGUCUGGUUCCCCAUUCCAGUUGUGGAUCCUUGCAGGGAAAGAGUUUUCCUUUUCAUAGAGGAGGUCGAUACGGAAGAGGGUCGCCUCAAAAGGGGGAUCUAAUUGCACUAGAUUUGACCUCUCCACCUAAAUGCUUCCUUGGUCGCUGUGAACUCAGCACAUGCUGGAUGUGGAACUAAAAUCAAUGGGGACUUCAAGAUCUUUGUUUUGGAUCAUAGCCGUAGCUGCUUGGUUAAUCGCUUGGCAUCCUGCAAAAUUGAGACAUAUAUGCAUACAUAUAUGCAUACAUGUAUGCAUACAUAUAUGCAUUCAUACAUACAUACAUACACGCACGCACA